UCGUGGUAGAACUUCGUUAAGAAAAAUCCUCACACGCUUAUUUCAACGCUGCAUUAGAACGCGCAUAAUAUUACGCCUGUUUGGCCUCCAUUAUUCUCACACAAAGAUUUGUCAAGUCUUCCAACUUCGUCAUCAACAAAGGUUCAAACGAGAGCAAGGCUCGUUUGUACUCCUCUACCAACUUUCUGCACACACUACGCACAGUGCUAUACCCAAAUUACACCUUUGAAGAAAGAAAGUUGAUAACAGAAACAUGGGAAGGAAAUUAGAUGCUAUACUUGGAAAGAGCUUCAAAACAUCCAAAUGCAAAGCCACUUUGAACCUCGCCUUAUCCCGCCUUUCUGUGCUCAAGAACCAGCGCCAUGCUCGCUGCUCGAUUGCCCGCUCUGAUGUGGUUGAGCUUCUUAACCUUGGCCACCAUGAUAGAGCUCUUCUAAGGGUUGAGCAAGUGAUAAAGGAGCAGAAUAUGUUGGAUGUGUUUACUAUUAUAGAGGGUUAUUGCCAUCUGUUGUUAGAGAGAAUCAACCUCAUUGAACAAGAAAAAGUAUGUCCAGAUGAAUUAAAGGAAGCUGCAUCAAGCUUGAUCUAUACCACUGUAAGAUGUGGGGAAUUCCCAGAACUUCAAGAGAUUCGUGCAAUUUUCAUAGCACGAUAUGGGAAAGAAUUUGCAGCUGGCGCUGUUGAAUUGCGAAACAAUUGUGGAGUUAAUCCUCAGAUUAUACGAAAGCUGUCAACUAGAAUGCCGAGCUUGGAGAACAAAAUGAAGGUUGUUAAGGAAAUUGCUUCAGAGCAUAACAUUGUUUUUCAAAUUGAGGAGACUCUAUCAGCCACUAGAGUGGAGAUUCUGGAUUCAGAAGAGAAUCAGCAGAUGCAGAAAAGCCUGUCCACACCAGUACAGCCUGAAGAAAUUGAAGGGGUUGGAAAUUUCUCGGAUUCAGUAAAAACGAGGAAGAAAUACAAGGAUGUGGCUGAUGCAGCACAAGCAGCUUUUGAGUCAGCAGCUUAUGCUGCAGAGGCUGCAAGAGCAGCAGUCGAACUCUCUAGGUCGGAAUCAACUGAUCCCGAUGAUCCAAGUAGUCCCAACCUUCGUCCCAGGAAGGUAUCAGCUAAGCUUGAACCUGUGAAAUUUAGACCUCAAACUGAUGAGGAUACACAAGUUCAACUGAAAUUUGAGAAAAUUCAUUCAUUUCAGAACUGUGACACGGAAAAUAAAGAUGGAAGUUUACGUAUGCAGAAUGAGAAUGGAACACAAUUUAGCAGAUCACGGUCUGAUUCUAGUUUGGAUUCAGUAGAUGACAGCGUGAAGGAAACUGACACGUCAUUUGAUGAAAAGAGGCGGGCACAGCCAUUAGAGAGGAAGAUAGUUUUUGAUGAAAAUGAACGUGGAAGUAUGACAUCCAACAUUAAAGAUGAGAUGCCAGAAGGGAGCAGCAGAAAUCCUCUAUAUUCAUCUCACACGUUUUAUCCUUUCGGAUCUCAAGCUCGACCGGCAAUGGAGUCAAGGACUGAAUAUUCUCAGGUAAACUUUGCUGAUGAAAAUAGGGCACAGGGUGUAGAACAUUUCAACAUUCAAAAAAGUAUGAUUUCUCAAAGGACCAGGUGGACACACGACCGGUGACAUAGCAGAUUGUACUACAACCGAUAUUUUGAGCUUUGCUGUAAUGCUAUAGGUUAUGCCACCAAAUUGUUUCAAGAUUUUUCUGUUAUUUGAUCAUAGUUUUCUCAAAUUCUAUGUAAUGGUCUGCUCGGUUGCACUUGUAAGUUCAUAGUUUUCAUUUAUUUUUUAUUUUUAUUUUUAUUUUUUUAUG